GUGUGUGUUGGGUGGAGAGAGUGUGACAGUCUCGUCUCUCAUUGGCUGAGCGUCUCUCGUGCGCUUUGGCGCCGCUGACCGCUCGCGCUCUUCCUCAGUGAUCUUCACCGGGCGUGUGUCGGUGUGCGGAUGGAGGCGGCGGUGCUGAAGCCGCGGAUGAUGGCGGAUGCUCGGGAGGUGCAGAAGCUGCAGGAGCUCGUGAGGAGACUGGAGCGGCAGAACGAGCAGCUGCGGACUCGCGCGAGCUCCCGCUGCAUCCCGAGCCUCGCGUGCCAGUAUUUCCCGCCGGACGAUCCGUUCCCGUAUUUCCAGCCGCAUCCCGCCGCGGAGGAUGAGGAUGAGGAUGAAGAGGAGCCGCGCGCGCUUCUGGACGAGCUGCUGCUGCUGGAGCUGGAGAGCGUGAGUCCGAGCGGAGAGUCUGACGAGACCUGGCUCUACGAGUCUCCCAGCUCUCGUCUGCGGUCCGGCGCCGGUCUGGACGCUCUGCAGUGGACUCGACAUGUUCUGGAUCAGCUGGACGCUGCCCAACACUCGCUCGGCCAAAGACUGGAGUCCGGGCGCGGUGUGGACUCCGUUACUCUGGGUUAUAGGCUGCAGGACCUCACGGAUGUCCAGGUGAUGGCCCGACUGCAGGAGGAGAGUUUGCGUCAGGACUAUGCCUCCUCCUCGUCUGUGAACCGUCGCAGCGCCAGCUUCUCCUUCCAGCGCAGUGAUUCGCACCUGGACGAAGACGAGGAGGAGGAUGAUGAAGAUUACGGUCAGUUACCGCCGCCACAGCCGCGUCUGAGUCGAGCCGGACCACUGCCGCAUUCACACACCUUCAGCAGCAUCAGGGACUGGACGCAGACGCAGACGCAGACGCAGACGCACUGCAGAGACACGCAGCCCGGCCUCAGCUGCAGCUCAGAUAAGCUGAGGAGGAGUAUGCCGAACCUGCUGCUGUCUGCGGCUCUGAGUCCAGCGCUGCGGCCGGCGUCCGUGAAGAGCAGCCAGAGCUUUGAGUCGUGUGGUGCUCUGACUCUGACGCAUCUCCAGAGCUGCAUUCCUGCUCCGGCGCAGCUGCAGAACCGCGUGCAGAGCCUCGGGAGCUUCUCGUCCUGUCAGCCGCUCAAAGCCACCGCGUACGUCAGUCCCACCAUCAAGAGCUCCUCCGUCAGUUUACAGAGUCUGUCGGUCAGCGGGAUCCCUAAAGCAGCCGCGUCUCAGAUUCCGUCUCGCAGCGGUCUCCCGCGGCCCGCGUCCUUCAUCACCAGCGGCUCCAGCCCUCGCAGCAAACUCACCGCACCCCUGCGCAGUGUGGCGCCGCUCAGCGCCCUGCGUGACGGGUGUUUCUGACGCGGCUCGGAGUGUCCUGCAGGUGUUCUUGAGGAGCAUCUGCCGGGCCUCCUCUCCUCCAGAGCAGACGCAGCUCUAUGCAGACACACACAUGCUGCUAAACCAGUCGGGCUGGAACUCAACAACUUGAAAUGGUUUGUACGAUUGCUUGAAGUUGGAAUAUGAUUUCAAAAGUUUUAACCAAAUUUCAACAGGUUUUUAACUAUUCACAGGUAUGAAAGACUUUAAUGUGAAUAUGUUUAUAUGAUUAAUAGUGCUUUUUAAUAACUUCUCACACUCUUAAUCACUGAUCUGUAUGGACCAAUUAUUGCACCAUUUGUAAACGUAUUAAUGUUUUGAUUAUAAUUGUUCCUGUUGUAUUAAUUUGAUGUUGCACUUUCACUGUUAAUGUUUAUUUUAUCGUUGCAGGAUGAUUUUUAAAGGCCACAGGUGUAGCACUGUAUUUAUUUGAAAGUUAUCUUCUCAUCUUGUUUUUUUUUAUUUAUUAUGUAAAAUAUAUUUAAAAGCGUUCUUCAUGUUUGCACAUUGUUUCUGUAAAUGCGCCACAGUUUUCUUCUUAAAUAU